UCAUCAUCAUUCCAUCUCUCACAAUAAACUCUUCUAAUCACUACUUAAUUACUUCAUUAUCAACUAAGUUUAGUUUUAGUCUAAUGACUAUCUUACAAUUACACCAACAAUGCCCUUCCUUACCCCUCUCCCUCUUAACCGACGACCUCCUAGCUCACAUCCACUCCCUCCUCCUCGACACCACUCACCGUAAAUCGUUUCGACUCGUCUGCACCACCUUCCACCGCGUCGACUCACUGAGUCUAACCCACCUCCGCCCCCUCCACCCAUCCAUCAUUCUCUCUCUACUCCCAAAACUUCCCUCCCUCCACACCCUCGACCUCUCCUUAUGCCCUCGCGUCGACGACUCCCUCGCCUUCGCCAUCUCCCCUCUCAUACGCCAACGCAUAACAUGUCUUUCCCUCGGCCGCGCGUCCGGCCUUACACGUGUGGGACUCGAGGCUCUCGCACGCUCGUGCGAAAACCUCGAGUCCCUCGACGUGUCGUACUGGUGUAAGAGGUUCGGAGAUAGGGAGGCCCUCGCGCUAUCCUGCGCCACGGGGUUGAAGGAGCUGAGGUUGGAUAAGUGCUUAAGCAUAGGUGAUGUGGGGUUGGCCCACAUUGCGGUGGGAUGCGCAGGAUUAGAGAAUGUAAGCUUGAAAUGGUGCUUGGAGAUUACUGAUCUUGGGAUUGGCCUUCUUGCAACUAAGUGCUUGGGAUUGAAGUUCCUCGAUGUCUCUUCCCUCAAGAUAACAAGUGCAUCAUUGCAUUCGAUUGCGGCGCUGCAAGGACUAGAGAGUUUGGUUAUGGUGGGAUGUGGUUUGGUGGAUGACUUUGGGUUGCAUUCUCUUGCUAAUGGCUGCCCUUCACUUAAGGUAGUAGAUAUGUCAAGGUGUGAUGGCAUUUCUUCAGCUGGUUUAUGUUCAGUGGUUAAAGGACAUCAUCAACUGCAGCAGCUAACUGCAAGCCAUUGUAUGGUCGAUCUCACCUCUGAUCUUCUUUGUGCAUUGAAGACCUUAAAGUCUCUAACUGUAUUCAAAGCCGAUGGUGCUCGAGUUUCUCAAGCUACUUUCCAGACCAUCACAAAAAACUGCACAUCUCUUGUCGAAAUUGGGCUAAGUAAAUGCAUAGGACUGCGAGACAUUUACAUCAUACAGCUUGUAACAGGCUGCUGUAACUUAAAAACCCUUAAUCUUUCGUGUUGUGAUGCUGUUACUGAUGACGCGGUUGCAGCCAUUGCAGGGUCGUGUAAAAAACUCCAGUGCUUGAAGUUGGAGUCUUGUGGUUAUGUAACUGAAAAGAAUCUUCAACUCCUUGGCUCCUCCUGUGUUCUUCUUGAGGAGCUAGAUCUUACUGAUUGUUCUGGUAUAAAUGACACUGCUCUUGGUUUCUUGUCUCGGUGUUCAGAACUUAAACUGUUAAAAGUAGGGCUUUGUGAUAACAUAUCAGAGAAAGGAUUGUUCUACAUUGCUUCCAACUGUUCCAAGAUCUGUGAACUCGAUUUAUACCGGUGUCCAAAUAUUGGAGAUGAAGGAAUGGCAGCACUAUCAAACGGGUGCAAGAAGUUAAAGAAGCUGAAUAUUUCAUAUUGCACUAGUUUAACUGAUAAGGGAAUGGAGUACAUCGGCAGACUGGAGGAGUUAAACGUCCUAGAGAUGCGCGGGCUAAUGAGUGUCACUGGUGUUGGACUACAAGCCGUUGCUGCUGGAUGCAAGAAGCUAGCAGUAUUGGACCUGAAGCACUGUCAGAACAUUCAAGACUCGGGUUUCUGUGCUCUUGCCAACCACCCCAACAACAUACGCGAGAUAAGCCUUUGUCAUUGUGGCAUAUCAGAUGCAGCCUUAUGGAUGGUGCUGAGUAAACUUACAUGUCUUCAAGACGCGAAUCUGGUUCACCUUCCUAAUGUAUCAGCAAAAGGAUUUGAGCUAGCCCUUAGGGCAUGUUGCAUCCAACUAAAAAAGGUUAAAUUGCUUGGAUAUCUUAAAUCUUCCCUUUCCCAUGAAUUAAUUCAGUUUCUUUGGUCCAGAGGAUGUAAAAUUAGAUGGGAUUAGAAUAAGUAUUACUGAAGAAUAUGUGUUUGUUUCAUUAACAGAGAAACUUGGUCCAUUGAUUCUUGUUGUAAUAAGGUGUGUGCCAAAUUCAAUAAACAUUAUGUAACAUCUUUUCCAAAAGCUUGUUUACCAAAUGUAGCGUUAUGGUUUGGGCUUUACCUUAUGGCUUGAGUAGUUGUGUUGAACCCCA